CGUUGUUUUGUCCGGUUUGAGUUGUGCACAUUGCGACAGGCCCGUCCUGUAAGUCGGCGUCCGGUCUAACCGUUUUUCAUAUUUUCGGGUCGGUUUUCGUUUCAAAAAGUCGCGGAGUUUUUUUUCUGUUUCUGAGUGAUUUCUGGAUUUUGAUUGGCACUCUCAAAUUUUAUGUUUUCAAUCUUGUCUAUUCUACGAUUGAACUCCCUCAAACAAAAGUGAUCUUAGUAUCUAUAUCCAUGGCCUGAAUCUACUGAGUUGUAGAUUUCUUACCUUUCAUGAAAUACUCUUUGUUGAACUAUCAAAUAAAAGUGUUGGUGUGUUGUUUUUGUGACGAUUGAAGUGGCGUUUCAACCUCUACAUCUCAAGGCCAUCCAGUUCUAUAGAAAACUGUUUGAUAAGCAAGAUCCUCACUAAACAAUCUGAAAUGUCUGUAUCAUCCGAGUAUUAAUCUUGAUCAGAACUUCGUGAGCUUAGGUACAACGUGCAACCGCAGACUGCAUUCUUAAAUUUUUUACAGUGGCUCAGUGAAUUGUUCAGCGAUAAUAGGGUCUCUAAAGUGCGAAGGUUUUGUUGGCAUACUGACUAUUCUAAGCAUCUGUUCUACGGAUCACAUCUGCUGUUUCUUUGGAUAAGGGUGUUACUUCAGAACGCAUGACGUUUGGGGUUUAGUUCGAGUCUUUUGUGAAAAUGGGUAAUAACCAUCCUUCAAAUCACGUGCCUUUAGAUAGAGCCAAUGUUGGCAAGUACGGAGAUGUACACACGAGAAGGAGCCUUCGCUCCCCUCGAAAGAUGGACAGGCUUCGUAGAUCCUUCAGGGAUUCAUUCCGCAAACGGAAGGAUAGGAUUCCCGAAAGCUCCAAGCCACAUCAGUGGCAGGCAGAUGAUGCAGCUGUCAAAUCUGGAACAUGUACUUUCGCUGUCAAAUAUCUUGGUUGUGUUGAAGUGUUUGAUUCAAGGGGUAUGCAAGUUUGUGAAGAGGCCCUCAAAGUUUUGAAGGGAUCUAGAAGAAGGCCUGUGAGAGCAGUUCUUCAUGUUAGUGGUGAUGGUCUGAGAGUUGUUGAAGAGGAGACUAAAGGACUGAUAGUAGAUCAAACGAUAGAAAAAGUAUCUUUCUGUGCACCAGAUAGAAAUCAUGAACGUGGUUUCAGCUACAUAUGUAGAGAUGGUACAACAAGGAGAUGGAUGUGUCACGGAUUUUUGGCGCUUAGGGAAAGCGGAGAAAGACUCUCCCAUGCGGUCGGUUGUGCAUUUUCUGUUUGUCUGGAAAGGAAACAGAAAAGGGAUAAGGAGUGUGGAGUAACCAUGAUGUUUGACAAAAGUAACAACACAUUCACAAGGAAUGGUUCUUUCAGACAGCAAAGUUUAACAGAGAUGUUGGAUAGGGAAAGAGGUAUAGAUGUUCCGAAAGCUCCUCCCGUCAACCCAUUUGCCAUUGAACGCCCUCAUGCAACUCCUAGCAUGUUACAGAGGCAAGGAAGUUGUAGAGGAUUCAGCACUUUGGGCCAAAGUUCUCCUUUCAAAAGACAGAUGUCGCUCAGAGUCAAUGAACUUCCUAGCAACACCGCUCGUUUUAACUCCUACAAAUCUCCUACUUCCCCAACGAACAGUAAUGGAAAACUCCCAGUAUCUCCAAUACCUGAGGUAUCUCCUGGAGAAUCUGUCACUGCCCUGUGCCAACAACUUUCUCAAGGUUUGAGUCAGUUGACUCAUAGUGGAUCUGACGACUUCAACUUCAAUAAUCAAAGCUCUGUGAACCAGAAUACCCUCAACUUGAACCUCACAACGAUUAGCAAUAGCAUAAGGGCUGUGCCUAUUCAGACUACAGCUGGUUAUACUCCAGUUAGUUUAAAUUUCAGUCCUAAAAAUGACCUGCGUUCGGUAAAUUCAAGCGUCAGUUCUACAAGUACAUUGCCAAAGCCUGAGCAAUGGUUGGAAAUAGUGAAUUCAUCCUCGCCCAGUCCUGCGCGAAUGGAUGGAACCUCUCCUAGAAGGACUCCUUCCUUAAAGGCCCAUUCAAGAGCAGUAUCGUUGGAUACUGGUUCUGAAAGUUUUCCAGCUAGUAAGGAAGAUCCUUUUGAUGCUGAAUGGGCGGAUUUGGCAGCUAAACAGAAUACGAAUAAUACAAAUCCAUUUCUUACAAAUAACGUGACUCCGAAAGCUUUUCAGAUUCAGCUGUAGUGUUAUUUUUUUUGAGUAUUUUGACAGAUUUGUUUAUGUAUUGCUGGUUUGAAACAAUUUUUGAAAACUACAUUUUUGAAUAAAUUCAACAGUAAUUCAACAAUUAUUAGAAUUAGAUCAAACACAUUUAUAAGAAACAUGUUGAAUAUGAAUUUUGAUUUCCAAUUAUUUCAGAGGUUUCAAACAUUGUUUCAGAUGGCUAUAUUGUUGACAGUUUCAGUUUGUUAUUAUUGAGUAUUCUACAAAUAUUUCAGGUCAACUUUUAUUCUGUGAUAUUUGUAAAUUACUGUUUUUAUGUGAUUCAUUCCAGUUUAAGUUGCCUUUGCAACUUAAUUUUGCCAGGACUAUCUGUGCAAUCUGUAUAUAUAACAAAAAUUAUAUGACCAAAAUCUCCUAAACCAAUUUAAAGUAAGUUACAAAAAUUAGGGGGGAAUCAAGACUUUCAUUCACUUUAUAUACAUCUAAGGUGUUUGAUUAUUUGAUUAUUUUGGAUAAAAGUAUUCAGGGGUUUAGCUAUUAAAAUCAUCAGAAAUAUUCAUCAAUUCAUUAUGUUGUUGAUGUUUUGAAUACAGUUGUUUUUUGAUUUCAUCUAAAUGACGAAGCUAUUAAUCAUAAUUAUUCAGUAUGAACUAAACGAUACUCAAGUUUCAUAACAGUUCAUGUAAAAAAAAUCUUAAUAAUCUAUUUGAUUUGGAAGAUUGUGAGCAAUCUGCCAGUUUCAACAAAUUAGUUUUCUUUUUAUUUGAACAGUUUUCAAAUCCCCAAUAUUAAUGAUAGUUUUAGAACCUUAUGAAUACUAUGACUUUUUCAAUGCGUGUGGAAAUCAACUAACUGAAAUGAAUUCUAUCCAAACACAAGUUCUACAUCCAAAGAGUUGGUUUGUUUAGUAAAGUUUUCAAAAAGGUUGUCGAACAUGGAAUAAUGGUUCCUGCAGUUGAAGUCAAAUGAAAAACAUAUUUCUAUGCAAUGUGACUUACAAUUUUCUGAAUCACUUGUUAUUAAAUAACACUCAAAUCAAAUACAAGAGGGUCUCCAAGCAUGAACUGUUCAACAUACGUUCUGUAGUUUCAGAACUUUGUAAUGAAUCCUCAACUUUAUUAUACAUGUUGACUUUCAGUAGUCUCAGAAAUAUUACAAUUUCCUAUGCUUCAGUAGGAAUUUAGAAUGAAUUUUUGAAAAUAAUAAAGAUUAGGCUAUAUACUCUCACCUGCCAAUAAUGAAAUGAAGCACCUGCACAAAUUACAUCAUAUGUACUUAACGAAUAAUCUUUCCAUAUAAUCACAAUUUAGUGUGAUUGAAAUUGUUGGAAAAAGGCUGAGAUUGCUUUCGAAAAUAUUUUAUUCGAUUGUAUUACACACUACUUAUUCUUUGUGAUUUUUUGUAAUUAUUUUGUAUCUCAUUUUAAAAUAUCUUUUCUCUGAGAAUACUUAAUUUUCAACUGCUCAACUUCGUUUUAAAUUCUUAUGUUCGAUAUUCAUUCCAUUUUAUUUAUCAGUGACCUCUGGGAAAGAAAAAUUUCAUGGUGCCGUCCACCUUUGAUUUUGGAGAAAAAUUAAAAAAUUAUUUGUCUUUGUUAUAAUUUCGAGAUUAAACUUGUUCCAUUGAGUGAAUAUGAAAUCAAAAAUUGUCCAUAAGGUGGUCAUAAUUAAGUUGUACAUUAGUGAAUAUAAUAUAUUGAUUUUUCUCAAAUAACAUGGGACUUAGGAACGAACAAUUAUCGACGAAAUAAGUAUUUAAAGUUUUAAUUUUUGUAAAUGUUAAAAAGCGAUGCUAUUUACUGUUGGUAUUUAUUUUUCUUAUGAAUGAGCACGCUAUUGCUCUACAUAUGGCACAUUGUACUUAUAUUAAUAUGAAAGAAAUGUAUUAUACAAAUCUAAAAUUUUAUGUCUGUAACAUAUAGUAAUAAAUAAGUAUCAUCUGUUAGA